GUCCCGCCCGAAUGCAAAACCUAAAUUCUUUAUAAAAGAAAGUUUCAUCGUCCUAACUUUUUCUCGCACCUCUCUUGCUUCAACGCGAAGGAUCAACCGGAGCCAUUGUCAAUGAAGUACCACAACGUUCCUCCUCAAGAGCCGUACCCUCCCCCGCCACCGCCACCGGGAUAUCCUUCGGCGGUUCCCCCGCCGUCGCCGUACGAAGGGUGGCCGCCGCCUCCUCCUCCGCCGCCUGGGUACCCUCCGCCGCAGCCGGGGUACCCUCCUCCGCCGGGCUAUCAGGGCUACUUUCAGGAAGGUUAUCCUCCGCCACCGCCGCCGCCCCAUCACCACCAUCAGCAGCCGGAGUACUCAUCCCAUGAUGACCAUUGCUGUUCUUCCAUCCUCAAAGGCUGUUUGGCUGCACUUUGCUGCUGCUGUGUGCUGGAGCAGUGCUGUUUCUAGGCAUGCUUUAUAUGUGUGAUUUCUGGUAAUUCUUGGGCUAUUAACUUAUGAAAGCCCAUCGUCAUUCAGAAAUUGCAAUGUUUAUAUAUGGUUUGAUGAAAUUUGUAUCCCAAAUCUAUUGACAUAAUCAUCUACAAUACUAUUGUGUUAAUGGCAAAGUGCAUCUGCUUAUUUCUUUA